AUGGAAACGCCGGUGGUUAUAUCUUUGCCAAUUGCAUCACACUCGUUCGCCCUGGCCCAUGUUAUUCCUUUGGGUUGCAGCAAAAUGUUCAUCGGAGGACUCAACUGGGAGACGGACGACAACAGCCUACAGGGCUACUUUUCCCAGUUUGGCAGGGUGGCAUCUUCUUCCAUUAUGCGGGACCCUUCGGGAAGGUCGAGAGGAUUCGCGUUCUUGACCUUCGAGGAUCCGGCCUCGGUCAAUGCCGUCAUGGCCAAGGAGCACGUCUUGGAUGGCAAGAUUAUUGAUCCGAAACGAGCGAUCCCUCGAGCGGAACACAUCAAGUCCCAAAAGAUCUUUGUCGGCGGCCUGGCUCCUACCGUCACAAAUGCUAGUUUGAAAGCCUUCUUUACCGAUUAUGGCACCGUCAUGGACGCCCACGUCAUGUUUGAUCGCGAGACGAACCGGAACAAGGGGUUCGGCUUCGUCACUUUCGAAGAUGACGAGGGAGUCGAGAGGGCCAUGGGCGCUACGGGACAGGAACUCGACGGCAAGCCGGUCAGUUCAUCACCGCGACGGGUAAAGCCUUCAAAGCGUGGUGAUCGGUACUAA